AUGAAGGCUGUCAUUAUAACUGGUGGGAUUGCCGUGGUCUGUACAUUGCUAGAAGUAUAUAUGGAAGAUCUAUUAGAAGACACAAGCGCAGACUUUAUUGAGUGAUUACAAGGAGGCAGCAAUUCAUUUUGAAAUUUUAUUUUUCAGGCUUUAGAAAUUAUUACAGCUGGGAUAUUUAUUUUUAUUAGUGCGAUUAUAUAUAUUUGUGGAAAUAGGAAGUUAGGAGUGAUGGGACUUACUGCUGGAAUUUUUGCAGCUUGUUUGGCGUCGCUUUUUAAAAUGUGUUUUUGUCAUCCGAGACCUUUGUGGAAAUAUUCGAAAAUUAAUGCGAUUAAAUGCCACACAGACUUCGGUGCACCCUCUGGACACACUUUUAGUGGGGGAGCAAUCAUUUUUUAUCUUGGAUAUUUUUGGCUAAAGAAUGGCCAAAAUAUUAUAACAAAAGUAUUUUUAUUGAUUUUUGCGAUUUUAAUUACAGGGGUUGAUAGAACUUAUUUAGGCGUUCAUUUUUAUUUCCAAGUAGUCCUAGGAUAUUCAUAUGCAGCAUUUUUAUCAGCUUUGCUGAUGAGAACAUCUGUUGAAAGGUUUAUGAAUAAAUUGAUGAAAAAUAUAAAACACGUCAUAAUAGUCAAUGUUUCAGCAGUUUUCUUUGUGAUUGUAGCAGUGUUUCUUUAUUUAUUUAGGAAUCCAGCAUGAGAUGAAACCUGGACAAUUAACUUCAAAAAUGAUUGCAACCGUGACUUAACUAGUAAAGAUGCACUAUUCAAAAAUCUUACAGACACAACUUUAGCUUUUGCAAUAGCUGGGCUUUUAUUAGGAUAUUAUAAAAUUAGAGAUAUGCGAACUUAUAGUGGACUCACAAGAGAUAAUUUUAUUAUCUCAAUAAUCGGGAUUGCAGUUCUUGCGGCAGUAAUUCUUGGUGUGGAGAAAAUAGUUGGGAUGAUAGCUUUGGAUUUUGUGAAAAUAAUAUUAUACUGUGCUAGCAGAUUUCUAGCAGGUUUUGUUGUUGGAUAUUUUAUCCCUUCUUUAUUAUCAAAAAUCAAUAAAAAAAGACCUACAGAGCAGCUCAUAUUAUCUGAAGAUUUAAAAUUGCAAUUAAUCAAAAUAGAUGAUAAAAGCUAA